GGCAGAUUUUAUUUUGUACAUUCGUAAUGCAUGAAAGGAUUUAUCAAGAAGCUUAAAUCCCUUGCUGCAUCUGUAUCAUUUUUGUGGAUUGUAUUGGCUUUUAGAUUAGAAAUGAUUUUCUCGGAUAUGAACACAGUUUCUGGGUCUCCUAAAGUGCAUCCUCCAAAUGGAACCAGGUAUUAUACUUUUCAGGAGUUUGCUGCACUGACGAAGGAAUUAAAUGCAUGCAGGGAACAGCUUCUUGAAAAAGAAGAGGAGAUUUCUGAACUGAAAGCAGAAAGGAAUAACACAAGAUUAUUGCUGGAGCAUUUGGAGUGCCUUGUUUCGAGACACGAAAGGUCUUUGAGAAUGACAGUCGUAAAACGCCAAGCACAGUCCCCCUCAGGAGUUUCCAGUGAAGUUGAAGUUCUUAAGGCUCUGAAAUCCUUGUUCGAGCAUCACAAAGCUUUAGAUGAAAAGGUAAGGGAACGACUGAGGGUUUCUUUAGAAAGAGUGUCUGCGCUGGAAGAAGAACUAGCUGUUGCCAACCAGGAGAUUGUUGCUUUAAGAGAACAGAAUGCUCAUAUACAAAGAAAAAUGGUAUCUGGGGAAGAACCAGAACCCAUGGAAGGAAUGGAACAAGGGCAGAAGAUUCAUGAUAAGAGACUGUCAAAUGGCUCGAUAGAUUCAACUGAUGAUACUAGUCAGAUGGUUGAACUGCAGGAAUUACUUGAGAAGCAAAAUUAUGAAAUGGCUCAAAUGAAAGACAGGUUAUCAGCACUGUCAAGUCGAGUUGGAGAAGUUGAACAAGAAGCAGAAAAUGCAAGAAAAGAGCUCACAAAAACUGAAGAAAUGAAUGUUAAAUAUCAAAGAGAUAUUCGGGAGGCAAUGGCUCAAAAAGACGAUAUGGAAGAAAGAAUCACUACACUUGAAAAACGCUACCUCAGUGCACAGAGGGAGUCCACAUCCAUCCAUGAUAUGAACGAUAAGCUGGAAAAUGAACUGGCAAAUAAAGAAGCCAUUUUACGUCAGAUGGAAGAUAAAAACAGACAAUUGCAAGAGCGACUAGAGUUGGCGGAGCAGAAACUGCAGCAGACAAUGCGGAAAGCAGAGACUUUGCCAGAAGUUGAAGCAGAACUUGCUCAGAGAAUAUCAGCCCUUACCAAGGCAGAAGAAAGGCACGGAAAUAUAGAGGAAAGAAUGAGGCACUUGGAAGGACAACUGGAGGAGAAGAAUCAAGAACUCCAAAGGGCAAGACAACGAGAAAAAAUGAAUGAAGAGCAUAAUAAAAGACUUUCAGAUACAGUAGACCGACUACUAACAGAAUCCAAUGAACGUCUUCAGCUCCACCUGAAAGAGAGAAUGGCCGCACUUGAAGAUAAGAACAUUUUACUUCAAGACUCUGAUAACUACAGAAAACAGCUAGAAGAAUGUAUACAUGACAAGGAUCGACUUGCAGACGAAAUUGAAAAACUGAGGGCUGAGCUUGACCAGUUGAAAAUACGGACUGGAUCAUUAAUAGAAACAACAUUAACAAGGCCACACCUAGACACAUCAUCCGAGUUGAGAUACUCUGUGGGUUCCCUAGUUGACAGCCAAUCUGAUUACCGGUCAACCAAAGUCAUAAGGAGACCAAGAAGAGGAAGAAUGGGGGCCAGAAGAGAAGAUCCAACUCGGGAGGUGAAAUCACUUGGUGACCAUGAAUGGAACAGGACACAACAGAUUGGAGUACUUAGCAGUCAUCCUUUUGAAAGUGAUACAGAAAUGUCUGACAUUGAUGAUGAUGACCGAGAAACAAUCUUUAGUUCCAUGGACCUUUUAUCUCCAGGUGGUCAUUCUGAUGCUCAGACGUUAGCUAUGAUGCUUCAAGAACAACUAGAUGCCAUCAAUAAAGAAAUAAGACUUAUUCAGGAAGAAAAAGAGUCUACAGAGCUCCGUGCUGAGGAAAUUGAAAACAGAGUGGCCAGCGUGAGUCUUGAAGGGCUGAACCUAGCCAGAAUUCACCCAACUACUUCUAUCACUGGAUCUGUAACUGCAUCAUCAUUAGCAAGUUCAUCUCCUCCAAGUGGACAUUCCACACCUAAACUCACACCUCGCAGCCCCGCAAGGGAAAUGGAUCGCAUGGGAGUCAUGACACUACCCAGUGACUUACGAAAACAUCGGAGAAAGAUUGCAAUUGUGGAAGAAGAUGGUCGAGAAGAUAAAGCAACAAUAAAAUGUGAAACCUCCCCUCCUUCAACACCCCGUGCUCUCAGGAUGACUCAUACCUUGCCAUCUUCAUAUCACAAUGAUGCCCGAGGAAGCCUAAGUGCGACUCUUGAACCAGACAUCCUUGGUCUUGGAAGCACAAACAGCAGCCAGGAUUCCCUCCACAAAGCCCCAAAGAAAAAAGGAAUCAAAUCAUCUAUCGGACGGUUGUUUGGUAAAAAAGAGAAGGCACGGUUUGGACAGCUAAGUUUCAUGGAUACUGACCCAGGUGCUCAAGAUUCAUUGGGUUUAGGCAAACUUGGAACUCAAGCAGAAAAAGACAGGAGGUUGAAGAAAAAGCACGAGCUUUUGGAAGAGGCCAGAAGGAAGGGUUUGCCAUUUGCUCAGUGGGAUGGACCAACAGUGGUCUCAUGGCUUGAGCUGUGGCUGGGAAUGCCAGCUUGGUAUGUUGCUGCAUGUCGUGCCAAUGUUAAAAGUGGAGCCAUUAUGUCUGCUUUAUCUGAUACUGAAAUUCAAAGAGAAAUUGGUAUCAGCAAUCCCCUACAUCGUUUAAAGCUGCGGCUAGCAAUACAGGAAAUGGUCUCACUUACAAGUCCAUCGGCCCCGCCAACAUCACGAACACCAUCAGGUAAUGUGUGGUUGACCCAUGAGGAAAUGGAAACGCUUGCUGCUCCUACGAAAACGAAAGAGUCUGAAGAGGGAAGCUGGGCACAGACAUUGGCUUAUGGUGACAUGAACCAUGAAUGGAUCGGUAACGAAUGGCUCCCAAGUUUGGGUUUACCUCAGUACAGAAGCUACUUCAUGGAAUGCCUGGUAGAUGCUAGAAUGUUGGACCAUUUAACAAAAAAAGAUCUCAGAGUGCACUUAAAAAUGGUGGAUAGCUUUCAUCGGACAAGUUUGCAAUAUGGAAUCAUGUGUUUAAAAAAGUUAAACUAUGACAGGAAAGAAUUAGAACGGAGAAGAGAAGUAAGCCAGCAUGAAAUAAAAGAUGUGUUGGUGUGGAGCAAUGACCGCGUGAUCCGUUGGAUACAAGCAAUAGGUCUUAGGGAUUAUGCAAAUAACAUAUUAGAAAGUGGUGUACAUGGAUCUCUAAUAGCUUUGGAUGAUAACUUUGACUAUACAAGUUUGGCACUUUUACUACAAAUACCAACACAAAAUACUCAGGCAAGACAAAUUCUGGAAAGAGAAUACAAUAAUUUAUUGGCACUAGGAACUGAACGAAGACUUGAUGAGACCGAUGACAAGAACUUCAGACGCGGGUCUUCCUGGAGGAGACAAUUCCCGCCACGGGAGGUUCAUGGAAUCAGCAUGAUGCCAGGAUCUUCAGAAACGCUGCCAGCAGGAUUCAGAUUAACAACAACAUCUGGGCAUUCACGGAAAAUGACAACAGAUGUAGCACCUACAGGAAUGCAGAGAUUAGACAGCUCUACUGUUCGUACAUACUCUUGUUGACAAAUCUAAAGAGGAGCCAAGUACUGAGUUGCUCUGUCACCUCUUUCUUAUCUACCUGAAGUGCACUACCUUGGAGAAUUUCAGCUGGAGAACAACUUGCUGAAACCCCUGUGGCAGAAUGAGCACUGGAUUACAAUGUGAAGUUAUUUUUAUGUACUGAAAUUAUAUGCUUAGAUUAAGAAGAUGUGAACAAAAGAAAAUAAUGAUAUAUUCAAAGAACGGUUCUUAUUAUCAUUAAUGGUUCAAAUAUGCAGAGCUGAAUGAGAUAGAACCAACCACUAUCUGUUUUGUUAGAUCUGUUUUACUGUAAUAUAUUAGACAUAUUUAAGUAUUUAAUGUGUAUUUAUUUUAUGAAGUGUGAGUCAUUUAUUUAUGAAGUGUAAAUGGUUAUAAAUAUGAUUUUUAUAAAAAAAUAAAAGCUAAAGUUCAUUAUGUCUAUGUGGGAAGACCAGACAAUAUAUUGUCAGUAAUGUUUGUAUCUUUCCAUUUCACUGUUUUUACAGUUUUUUUUGGAUUGUAACAGUCAGACUAGUACUGUAUGUUUAGCAAAGCUAGAUGCUACAACAUGUUUCUCCUAAGAACCUCUUACUCAACAGCUGAAUACCUGCCUCUGGAUAUGUACGGUAUUGGUGUAACCUGGAUAUGGAGCCAGAACUUACAUUUGACCACAGGCGCUACUGUAUGUCAAACACUUGCGUAGAAGCACUGUGACGGCUCUUCGUUAAAUGAACUGUUUACAUGAGACAAUAGCAAUCACCGAAACAAUAAAAGAAAACAAAUCUUUGUUAAACAAAGUCAUUAAAUAUGUAACCUGUGGACCAAGAAAAAAACUUUAUUUACUAAGAACCACUUUUCUCUUGCUCUUUCUUCUCUGUUUUGAUGCCAGCAUAAUCCAACAACUAGAUGCUUAAGAAACCUAUGUACAAAAUAUCCCAUUCCUUUUAUCAAGGUAACGGGCAUUAGGAAUUUGUUUUUGUUUUAUAAAUUAUUUUUUUUUAAUCAUCAUUAUUUUUUUUAGCCAACAUGGCCUUGUUAUGACUUCCCAGAAGUUCUAUAUAUUGGAAGAAAUAACUGAAAGACACAAUGGUUGAUAUUUGCUUUAUGUUUGUGUGUUAUAUACACAUAUACGCACACAGUUAAUGUAAGCUCAUACCUAAAAUAUUAUCUGCUGUGACUUUAUCUGUUGUUGCAACCGUUGCUUAUUAUUUAAUGGUUUUCGCAGGAAUUUUCAAAGUAGGCAUUAAUUAAAAUUAUUUCAUUACUUGCAUCAUUCCUGCUGCUUAAUUUUAGAUUGAAAAAACGGAACUGCCUUUUAGUUAUUCCUUUGGGCGACUGCACGAUCAAAACCAUUUACUUUGUUGUCAAAAUAUUUUAACCAAUGAAAGGUGAAAGUUUAUGGUGACAAAUGUUUUUCCAUCCAUUGUCAAUAAAAAGGGAAAAAAUAAAAAUUCAAUUUGGUUUUUAUAAGUUUAAAAAAAUUAUAAUAAUAAUAAAGAAUUUCAUACACAAGAAAGGAUUAAAUCCGUUCACCAGAAAGGCGUACUAGCUUGAUGAAAGUCUAUUGCCAUAUUUUGUAGAGUUGAAAGAUCAUAUAACUUUGCAACAGAUAUGAUGUAUGUAGCAAAUUGCAAACAUAAAUUAUGUGAGCUAUAAAAACAAUGCGCUUUGACAGCUGAUAAAAAUAAACCCUUUUUUUCAA